AUGUUGGUGAAGGCAAUGUUGGUCAAAUCACAAGCCCGCCGAGUCCUGGGCCGGCCAAGGGCCCUCCUGCCUGUGGCCCUUCUCGUCCUCGUGGUGUGCUGGCUGGGGUUGGUCCACCAAGGCAGGGUAAAUACAAGGCUUUUUUCCCCGGGCCGCCCCCAGUCGCUUGAUCGAGAUCCUGACGAACGACGUGACCGGGAGCUACAGGCACAACGGAAGCUGUUCGAAGAGGAGCACCGUCAGCUCGAGAAGAAACCAGGACUUGGGGCUAUCUACGGGAAUACUCUCGAGUCACUCAUUGAAGAGAACAACAGGAGGCCUUCGCAAGAAGCGCAGUUGGGCCCGGGAUCGAACGCGACAAUCUCUAACAAACCCCAGCCGGUUCUUUUCAAUCCGUAUCCGAAAUACAACAGCCCAGAAUGGGAAGAGCAACACGCGCCGUAUGUGCCGUGUGUCGGCCCCACGGGAAAGAUCGUUGAGGACAUCCGCGUCUACAAGGGCCGCCCGCGGGACUUUCCCGACCCCGGCUUCGGAAGCUAUGGUGUCUUGGGACUUGAUCGGAACCUCUGUUUCGAAAGAGAGACACGACUGGGACCGUACGGCUUGUCCCGUGUGGUGGACAACAAGGGCGAAGAGAUCAACUGGGACAAUGUGCGCUGGGGCGACCUGCAGAACGAAUGCCGAGACAAGAACGCUGCGCGGUUUCUGUCGCAUGACGAGGCCCCUAAGAACCCAUACGUAUCUGAUGAUGCGGAUGGCUCUACCGACCUGAAGCGGGACUCCGACGGCGGGAACAAGGAACCCAUUAUGCGCGUCGUCCGGCGGUUCUGGCGCCAGUCCCGUAUGCCGCCAUCGCUGUCUGCGGCAACUAUCGAAUCCAGGCGGGAAACCAACUCUACCAGACUGGAGAAGAGGACUGCCGUGUUGCUCCGCAGCUUUUCUGGGAAGAAAUAUACCGAGAACGACAAACAUGUCAUCCGAUCUCUCAUCACAGAGCUGAGUCUGCGGACUGGCGGCCAGUACGAGAUCAUCCUGUUUCUGCACGUCAGAGAGAACGACCGGGACAUCUGGAGCAGCGAUGAGGCGUAUCAAAAGGCGAUCGAGGACCACGUUCCCGCCGAGUUCAGGAGUAUCACGGUUCUCUGGAACGAGCCCGCAGUCGACCGCAUGUAUCCCAACCUGACGGAUAAGGCCCGCAAGGUGCAUAACGGGCAGUUUUUGCCGGUCCAGAUGUUCAUGCAAGAGUUCCGGGAAUUCGACUUCGUCUGGAACUGGGAGAUGGACGCUCGGGUCAUUGGACACCACUACGAUGUGCUCGAGAAGCUUGGCGAGUUCGGCCGCAAACAGCCGAGACGGGGCAUUUGGGAGCGCAAUGAACGCUUCUACAUUCCCUCCUAUUAUGGCAGCUUCGAUUCGCAAUUCCGAGCCUGGGUGGAGCGGGCUGUCGGCAAGGAGACGAUCUGGGGGGCACCGGAUGUCCCGGUUGUCAACCCAGUGGGCCCGAAGCCCCCAGUGGCAACUCCCGAGGAGGACGACUACAAAUGGGGUGUUGGUGAGGAGGCGGACUUGAUCGAGCUGGCUCCCAUCUUCAACCCCGUUAACAGCGGCUGGGUCAUGCGUAACCAAGUGUGGGGCUAUCGCUCUCGGGACUUCCCUUGGGGUAAGCUUCCUCGCCGGGCAACCAUCGUUACGCAAUCAAGGCUCUCGAAGAGGCUGCUUGAUGUCAUGCAUGCCGAGGACCUACGUGGCAACCACGUGGCUUCCGAGAUGGUGGCGCAGACGACAGCUCUGCUUCACGGCCUCAAGGCGGUAUACGCGCCCAUGCCGGUCUUUUUCGACCGAGCGUGGAGCGGCGCCCAACUGGCGAAGUGGUUCAACGGCGGUCCCAAGGGGCAAAGCGGUAGCUUCGGCAGUGCCAUGGGAUGGGGCCAGGAGGGACGGUACUUGGGCUCUACCUGGUACUACCGCGCGUUCCCCCCCCAACGCCUGUACAACAACUGGAUGGGCUAUGAAGAUACCGGAAUUGGCGGCGACGAGUGGGAGGCGAAGCACGGCCGCCCGUGCCUCCCCGCCAUGAUUCUUCACCCGAUCAAGGAGAUCAAGCCGACGGAGAAGGGCUACUCGACAGAUUCCAGAUUGCCCUACGAUUGA